AUGCAUGCCUUUGGCCCCGUGCGCGCAGCUACCCACGGGGUGGCCGGGGAGCUGGGACGAGGGGCACUGGCCAGUAAUGCUAUGGAGUACUUCUGCCUAGGAGGAAAAAACGACCCUACAAUAAACAAACAGGGAGCCACCGUGAAGCAGGUGGAUGUGCCCACGCUGAGCGGCUCCUUUGGCAUCUUGGCGGCUCCCGGCCCCACCCUGCAGGUCCUGAAACCCGGCGUGGUGACGGUCUUCACUGAGGACGGCACCGCGACCAAAUACUUCGGUGUGUACCUGGACAAGGCCCUGCCCCCGCUGGCUGCAGCACCUGACGAAACAGCGAAAGUAGAAGCCCAGAUUCACGUGGAAGCCAGCGAGGCCCUCGUAAAAGCCCUGGAGUGAGGGGGGGGUAAGUGUCCUGGCGGGUAACACCCUCCCC